AUGCCAGUGCCGGCCGCGGCGGCGUCCAUGCGCGGCACCGAGGCGGCCGGCCCGAGGCUUGCUGCGCGGCGGCUGGGCCGCGUGCUGGACGGGCGCCGGCGGCGGGCCGCCCUGCUGCUCCUCGCGCUGGCGUACGCGGCCGCGAUGCUCAUGCUCGCCACGGGCGGCGGCGAGGGGCUUGGCGCCGGCAUCGUGGUGGAGGCCGCGCCGCCGGCGCCGCCCGGGUCGGUGUACCGCAGCCACCUCGUGUUCGAGCGGCUCCUCCCGGAAAUGCGCGCCUUCGCCUCGCGGCCUAAUCCGAGAGGGGAAACGAAAUUAGGAACACUUCCUUACAUUUAUGUGAUAAUUUCCUUAUGUCCUGGCACUGCACAGUUAAUGACAUCUCAUCACAUAAAGAUUGGAAAACAAUGGAAACCUUGUAUCAGCAAGAGGUUGACAGAGUCAGAGUUAACAUCUUCAAACGGUUUCCUCGUAGUUGAGGCAAAUGGUGGCCUGAAUCAACAACGCAUUUCAAUUUGUGAUGCUAUUGCUGUGGCCAGAAUUCUCAAUGCAACUCUUGUGACACCAGCGUUUCAUCUGAAUAGUGUUUGGCGUGAUUCUAGCAAAUUUGGCGACAUCUUCGACGAAGACCACUUCAUCGAGUCUCUCAGAAAACAUGUAAGGAUUGUUAAAGAACUUCCUGAAGACGUUUUUCUACGAUUUGGUCAUAAUAUCAGCACUAUACCAAACAUGAGAACCAAAGCUUUCUCGCCCCCAAGUUACUACCUACAACAGGUGCUUCCAAAAAUGUUGGAGCUAGGGGCUGUGCGUAUUGCCCCUUUCUCAAAUAGAUUGUCCCAUUCAGUUCCUUCAGAUGUCCAAAAAUUGAGAUGUUUGGCAAACUAUGAAGCAUUGAGAUUUUCUGAAUCAAUAAGAAUUCUUGCAGAGAAUAUGGUUGGACGAAUGAUCAAGAGGAGUUCUUUAACUGGUGGGAAGUUUGUUUCAGUGCAUCUUCGCUUUGAAGAGGACAUGGUAGCUUUCUCAUGCUGCACAUAUGAUGGUGAUUCAAAGGAGAACAAUGCAAUGGAAAAUGCUCGUGAAAGGAGCUGGAGAGGGAAGUUUCACAGACCUGGUCGAGUGAUAAAUCCUGAGGCUAACCGAAGGAAUGGAAGAUGCCCUUUGACACCUUUAGAGGUUGGAAUGAUGCUGCGGGGAAUGGGAUUCGAUAAUACUACUUCCCUUUAUGUUGCAUCCGGUAAAAUAUACAAUGCUGAAAAGUAUAUGACCCCUCUUCGCCAGUUGUUUCCACUAUUGCAAACAAAACAAACUCUGGCUACAUCAAAGGAGCUUGCACUGUUCAAGGGACAUUCAUCAAGACUGGCAGCAUUGGAUUACACUAUCUGUCUUCACAGUGAAGUGUUCGUGAUGACACAAGGAAGCAACUUUCCCCACUUCCUGAUGGGGCACAGACGUUAUAUUUAUGGAGGACAUGCAAAGACAAUAAAACCAGAUAAAAGCAAACUAGUCCAACUCUUUGACAAUCCAAAUAUCAGAUGGGAUCAAUUCAAGCACCACAUGCAGGACAUGCGUCGCCACAGCGAGACAAAAGGUUUUGGAUUAAGGAAACCACAGGAAUCCAUUUACAACCUUCCAAUGCCUGACUGCAUGUGUCAGCAAGCUGAAAUAUGAUCUAGGAUAGCAUGUGCAAAGCAAGGAACCAGAGGUGUCCCACCCUUGUAAGUAGCCACACUAUAGGUAAGUGAAGGAAAUGUAUUGGUUAGUGUAGGAAGAGAAUAUAGAGAUGCCA